AUGAAACAGUUUGAAGAUAUGUCAAGUUUUCCUCUUGUUGUGGGUGCAGUUGAUGGAUGUCAUAUAAGAAUAAAAGCACCGAAAAAGAAUCCAGAGGAUUACAUUAAUUGCAAAGAUUUCCUAACAAGUAAUUUCUCAAGAAGCAUUGUAGGAAAAGAAAUAUCUCCUUUAAUUUUAGGGGAUUCUGCAUACUCUUUGGAAGAAUGGCUAAUGAAACCUUAUUCAGAUCGCGGGAAUCUUUCAAGGGAAGAAAAAAGUUUCAACUUUUCACUGAGUAGAUCUCGUGUAGUAGUGGAGAAUGCUUUUGGUAGGCUUAAAGGAAGAUUCCAAUGCAUUUCAAAACGCAUUGACACAUCUGUUGAAAAUACUGUUAAAAUAGUAAGUGCAUGCUGUAUUCUUCAUAAUUUUUGUGAAAUCAGCAAUCAAAGUUUCUCCGAAGAUUGGUUGUACAGUACCGAUGUUAACAUGGUUAAAAUAAGCAUUGGGAGAAAUGAUUAUGUUCGAAUUGAAGCAGAAGAAAUUCGGUCAGCAAUAAAACAACAUAUUUCAAGUUGUAUAAACCUUUUUGAUAGUAAUUGA